AUGUCAGACCGGAACAUGGACAGACCCAUCCCUUGGUCCGACCAGGUUUGGGAUGAUUAUUAUGAGUCUCCCAACGAAACCGGCCCUGGAACCGCGGAGAAUGGAGACAAUGUCGAUCUCGACGAAGUCACCGAUCUUGCGGCGAACCAAAUCCCUGAGGGCCUCAGACGCCGCCGUGCCGUUGAUACAGCCAACGACGGAUCUCCUCAACGUGAGCGCUGGCGAGUCCUCCUGGACGAGUACGAAAAGUCCAAGGUGGCCCCCCUCCCGUUCAAGAACUACUCAGCCAGGCCGACACCCGCCAUUCCCGGCUCCGCGGCCCCGAAUGAUUCAGAAGAAGGCAAUCUUAUCGACCUCGACGAAGCUGUGAUAAACCAAGACGCCGAACACCAUGGUUUUGAACAAGAUCCAUGGGGAGGCACACUUACUGAGCACGAGAUCUCCGGUCCCACGCCUUACCCGCCCAGCGAACCCUUCCCGUCUCUCAUUCAAUCCGGACCGUCUGUGCCGAUGAUCAAUUCAGCCAAACGCGACAUGACGCACUCCGAGGACCGACAGUACUCUCAGUACCUUCUUCACAAGAUCCAGAAUGAGCUGUCGGAGGGUGAUACUCUGAUCUUUGUCGACUUCCCGGCUCCCGUGGGCAAUGCCGCUGAUAAUGUCGACUGCUCUGUCAACUACUGGGACUCGGUACAAUUCCGCAUGGACUCCAAGAAGCUCCUGGGCACCGGAUCGUCCAAGUUUGCAGACAUGCUCAACCCGUCUUACCAGUUCCGCAUUCAGCGCCGCCGAAAGCUGGUCAACAAGCUUCCCGAGGGCGUCAAGUUCGUCCUCGAUCUAACCCCGCCUUCCGAGGGAGACGAUCUCGUCUUCCAGAUGACUGAGGUCUCUCUGACGCCCGGCAUCAUUAACUGGUGGACAGCGGGCGACAAGCACGGUGUCGACGACUACGUUGUCCGCGGACACGACGACAUCUGCUGUUGCUGGAGGGAUGAACCGCAGGAUUUUGCAGCCAAAGUUGACGCUGCUUUGGCGAUGGAAGCUGUCGCUAACACCGACAACAAGAAGCCAGACACAAACGCAUUUCGAGACGACGAGCUGGACCGCGCCAUCGAGAGGGCAAUCGCUCAGAGCUUGCAAGACAGCUUGCCUGAAGAGGUCAAGGCUCCGGCGAAAGCAUCUUACUCUGUUAAGGGAGCUGCUGCGAGGUUGCUGAUGAAAAAGUCGACGGGAGAAACAGCCCCUGAUCCGAUCCCUACCUGGCGCCAGAUUCCCGACUACUGCCCUGUCCGCCAUCGCGUCAACAUUCUCCGACUGAUGUGCAUUAUUGCCGACAAGCGAGUGCUCCUGGAUUCUGCCCCUCGAGUCUGGACGCUGGUGGCCGUGGCGAAGAUCCUGGACUGCACGGAUGCCAUUCGUGAUCAGGUUCUUCAAUGGCUCAUGAGCCCUAGCAAUACCGUUCUCGUCGAAGUCCUACCGGAAGAGAGUCUGCAAAUCGGUGUGGCGUUGAAGCUGGAUGAUAUCACGCAGUGCGCCUUCCGCGUCUUGGUCAAUGAAUUGGCUAUCGAAGAGGCCGCAGCCCCCAACGGCAUUCCCAAAGCUGCUCCCUACACCGUCUUUGGCCGCCGGCGCCAUGACCCCGGUGACGACCUCAACAACCUCAUCCAGCAUGCCGCCCGCGCCAUGGUCGAGCGCGUCACUCGUUCCGUGAGAAAUCUCACGAGUCCCACUAUCUACGACGACCUGGAAAACCCCCAGUGGACUCGUUUGCAAGGCCUCAUCAAGAUGCUCAAAAGUAUCUCCAGCCACUUUGCCGUUCGCAACGCACUUGCCAAGGCAACGGAGUUAAGCUCUGCAUUGGAGAAUAACUGGAAAAGCCUCGUCAUCAGCGAAGGCUUUAACCAGCUUUUUGACGGCGACCAGCUGAUACGGAUCGACGACUACCGCGCCACAUACGUCGACGUUCAGCACUUCCAUCGCUUCGAACUGAUCUACAACCAGUUCAACGACGUCCAGAAGGCCCUCUGUCCCUUCGUAUACGAGAGUAUCAGCAAGAGAUGGGGCACUCUCGGGGACACCAUGACAUUCCUCGCGACGGGAAAGAAUCUCCACAGCCUCUCGAGCUCGCUGUGGUACGCCGUGGAGAUCGUGAUGCACCACCACCCCGAGUUCAGGCAGGACCCGACUUGGCAGCCGGUGUUGCCCGCGCGGGCGCCGCCCGGUAUCUCACUGGACCCCGGACGUCGCGUUUUCAACGUUUCCAAGUUCGAGCAAGAUCUCAAGCACUUCCUCCGCCCCUACUGCUAUGAGUUCAUCCGCGCCGACUUCGGCAUCCCCAUGUUCAUGUCAUCGCAUCUGCUGCUCAACCUGACGCACAAUGAGUUCAAGUUCCUCCCUCUCUGGGCCGGCGGUAACGACGACGGCACCGGCGGCGUCUUUGAACCCUCUCUUCCACCCGCCGAUUACGGACCCGCGGGACCUGGACCAGCUUACCACACGGGGGCUACUAUUCCGUCCGACACGUCGAGCGUGGCCGGAUCUAUGAGCAGCGAGCUUAGGCAGCUCCGUCUGGACGGUGGCAGUACCGUUGGACCCGGCAGUGUGGAUGUCCAGGAUGGCAUCUCAACCGUGUACGGCCCGAACAGGGUCAUCGCGGACGAUGUCUCCAUCCACUCUGAGUCGUUCACAGAUGGCGGGUCAGAGUUCGCGCAAGCCAAGUACGCUAUUCCCGCCGACGGGCAGUCGAUCGGUGAUGCUGUUGAGAGACUGGUGCUCGACGAAACCCCCGAUCAGUCGGACACCGAUGCGAGCUUCGGCCUCGACAAUGGGGAGGAGGACGACGAUAUGGAUGAUAUCAUGACGGAGAUUGGUCCUGAGGAUAGCCGAUCCCGGGAGGCGACUCCGGAGCCCACGGUUGAGGUCGACACCCAGUCCUCUUCGAGUAGCGCGCAGCCAACCACCACGACGUCGGCCACAAAGGCGCCCUUCUUUUCUGAUCAGUUUAUGACGACCACGGCAGACGACUCUGAUGAUGACAUGGUCUUGAUUUGA